CAAAAAUUUAAAUGUGUAACUAUGGAAACCAUAAUAAACAAUAUUGUUGAAAUAAAUAAAAAUUUGUAAUAUAUUUUCAAUCUUUUUUCACCAUGGUUCGCAUUACUGAAGAAUUAGUCCGCAAAAAGUCUGAACACAAUGAAUUGCUAAUAAGUACAUUGGAGGAACUUUCACUGCAUCAGGAAGACAUUGAACGUAUAGAGCAUUUGCACAAUUGGUGUCGUGAACUAAAGAUUUUACUAUUGCAAUCGAAUUUAAUUUCUAAAAUUGAAAAUUUAUACAAACUUAAACGACUGGAAUAUUUGAAUUUGGCAUUAAAUAAUAUUGAACGAGUGGAGAAUUUGGAAAAAUUGGAGUCAUUAAAUAAGUUGGAUUUAACAUUAAACUUUAUAGGCGAACUAACAUCAAUUGAAAGUCUGAAGAAUAAUUAUAAUUUGAGAUCACUGAUAUUGACUGGAAAUCCUUGUUGUGAUUAUACAAAUUAUAGGGAAUUUGUGAUUGCAACUCUCCCACAGUUGGAGAGUUUAGACUGCCAAGAGAUAACAUUGACUCAGAAGUUGCAGGUUAAACCACUUUUGAAGACAUAUCGUGCUGUUAUUAUACAAAAACAAGCCAAUUAUGCCAUGCAUCGUGACGAGCAAAAAAUACGCUUUCUCCAACAAAAAGAAGAACUCGAGGCUAAAAUGGCCAAUAUUGAAGAUGAGGAUGAGCGCAUAAAAACAUUUUGGGACUCAAAGAGUGAAAACUGCCCUGAAAUACGACAUGAAAUCGCUAAAUAUCAUCGUAAAGGACGUGAAACAAAUGACGAUGUUUCGGAGUUAAAAAAACAUCGCAUAGAGCCACAGCUAUUUGCUCCCUGUGGACGUCCAUAUAAUAUUAAUAAACCCCAAUUGCAAUUUACACUAAAUGACGAAGAUAAUGAAUACAUAUUAAAACUGGAGGUUUACAAAUUCCUCGAUACUUCUCAUAUUAAAGUGGAAGUCGAAGUUAAUUACAUCAGAGUAACAGUCAAGGGUAAAAUUUUUCAAAUAUCCCUUAAUGGUGAAGUAAAACCAUCCGAAGCUGCAGUACAACGUUCCCAAAUAACUGGCCAAUUAGUUAUAAAAGUUGCUAAGUUACAUCAGCAUGAAUUAUUAAAGCCUAAAUUAAAAGACAAACCAAUUGAGACUGUCAUUGAAAGUUUCGUUAAGGGGUAA